GAGAGAGAGAGAGGUUAUUUGGCUGUCUGGAAUUCCAGUUAAAAGAGUCUUUUCCUUCUUGAUUGCUUCAAUACAGUGAUAACAACAGUUGGUUCUGCUGUCUGUUAUCUACGUUAGCCUGGAGAGAACAGUGUUGUCUUGAUGAAGGGCUUUAUUUUGUCAGGCACUUCACUUUCUCCUGCUUCUCCGUUUUUUGGUUUUAUUGUUGCUCAUAUUAGGAGGCCUGUCUCUGUGAGUUGGUUAUGAAGGCAAAAUCUAGUUGAGAGGGUUUAAGUUCGAAUUUUGAGAGGGAGAGAUGAGUUCUAGCUUGCUACAGAAGCGGGGGAAGAGUGAUAAGGGCCUUGAUGCUACCGAGAAGGUUGUGGUUGCUGUCAAGGUCUCAAAAGACAUCUCAAAGACCGCCCUUGAAUGGGCUUUAACUCAUGUUGUUCAACCUGGUGACUGUAUCACACUUCUGGUUGUGGUUCCACCACACAGUUCAGGUAGAAAACUAUGGGGCUUUCCAAGAUUUGCAGGGGACUGUGCCAGUGGUCACAGGAAGUCACAUGGAACUACAUUAGAUCAAAAGUCUGAUAUCACAGAUACAUGUGCUCAGAUGAUGCUUCGACUUCACAAUGUUUAUGAUCCAAAUAAGAUAAAUAUCAAGGUAAAGGUCGUUUCUGGAUCACCUUGUGGUGCUGUGGCUGCUGAAUCCAAGCGAGCUCAAGCAAACUGGGUUGUAUUGGACAAACAACUGAAGCAUGAGGAGAAGCGCUGCAUGGAAGAGCUACAAUGUAACAUAGUGGUCAUGAAACGUUCUCAACCGAAAGUUCUUCGUUUGAAUCUCAUAGGAUCUUCUGAGGCAGAGCCGCAAGUGUCCUGUCAACUGCCUUCUGAGCUGGAUAAAUCUGCUGGAGAAACUAAAAAGGAUAUGAGAGAUUCUCGGAAGUCCAUUAGAGGGCCAACUGUGACACCAACUAGCAGCCCUGAAGUAGAGACAUCAUUUACUGCCACUGAAGCUGGAACAUCCUCGGUAUCAAGCUCCGAUCCUGGAACUUCGCCAUUUUGUGUUUCUGAAACUAAUGGCGGUCUUAAGAGGGAGCAACAAUUAACCACCAAAGAAAUCCGGAAUUUAAAUGUAACCAGCUCUGAUUCUGACAGUGAAAGUUUGAGUCCUUCAACGUCCUUAGGGUUUCAGCCCUGGAUGGCUGAGGUUCUCUGUGGUGGCCGCACAUCUUCAAAACAAGUUGAGGAAUUAUCACAACAACUUGAUAGUAAAGCACGCAUCUCCAAAGCAAAAGCCUUAUUGGGAAAAUUCUCUAAACUUGAUCAGGAAUCUGGAAUUGGCACUCUGAACUAUAGAUCAAACUUAAAGUUCAAUGGGAAUGUUAGAGAAGCAAUUUCACUAUCCAAAAAUGUGCCUCUAGGGCCACCUCCUCUAUGUUCAAUAUGUCAGCACAAGGCACCUGUGUUUGGAAAGCCUCCUAGGUGGUUCAGUUAUUCUGAACUAGAACUUGCUACAGGUGGGUUCUCUCAAGCAAAUUUCUUGGCUGAGGGUGGCUUUGGAUCUGUUCAUAGAGGUGUCUUGCCAGAUGGUCAGGCAAUUGCUGUUAAACAGCACAAAUUAGCUAGUUCACAAGGGGAUCAGGAGUUCUGCUCGGAGGUGGAAGUUCUAAGCUGUGCACAGCAUCGUAAUGUUGUGAUGCUAAUUGGGUUUUGUGUUGAGGACAGGAGAAGGUUGCUUGUCUAUGAAUAUAUCUGUAAUGGGUCAUUGGAUUCCCAUCUUUAUGGUCGUAAGAGAGAACCGUUGGAUUGGUCUGCUAGGCAAAAGAUUGCAGUGGGGGCAGCACGAGGUUUGAGAUACCUUCAUGAAGAGUGCAGAGUUGGUUGCAUUGUCCACCGGGAUAUGAGACCCAACAACAUUCUUAUUACACAUGAUUUUGAACCACUGGUUGGAGAUUUUGGCCUAGCAAGAUGGCAGCCUGAUGGGGACCAAGGUGUGGAAACAAGAGUGAUUGGCACAUUUGGAUAUCUGGCACCGGAGUAUGCACAAAGUGGCCAAAUUACAGAAAAAGCUGAUGUUUUUUCCUUUGGGGUGGUACUGCUGGAACUCAUCACUGGACGAAAAGCUGUCGAUAUUAACCGACCGAAGGGUCAGCAGUGCCUUACUGAAUGGGUUCGCCCUUUAUUGGAAGAUUAUGCAAUCGAAGCGCUCAUAGAUCCUCGUUUGGGGGACCAUUACUCAGAACAUGAGGUCUACUGCAUGUUGCAUGCAGCAUCAUUGUGCAUAAGGCGCGAUCCUCAUGCCAGGCCCCGCAUGUCACAGGUUCUUCGUAUAUUGGAGGGGGACAUGGUCAUGGAACCCAGUUACAUUUCAAUGCCUGAGUAUGACAUUGGAAACAGGAGUGGCCGGAUGUGGCCAGAUCAGCAGCAGCACCCACAUUACAGUGGUGCAGUCCGGCAGGAGGCUUUGGAGGGUUUUGGUGGGAAGCGCUCUUAUGAGGCUAUGAAGGCUGCCUGGGAGAGAGAGAGGGAGGGAGUCAUGCGUAGAUGUUGAUGGACUCUCAUGCAGGCUAAGGCAUGCCCAGAUGCAAUGUGUAUUCUUCUCUCCUUUGUUUUCUUCUCCUAUCUAUCUUUGCUCAUUUUAGUAUGGUCUUCAUCAAUUUGUUGCUGGUAUAUUGUUAGGUGCUAUUGUAUAGGAGUACCAUUAGGUUUAUCAAUUUACGCAAUGCAGGAUCACUGCUGUUUUUGUGAAUGAAUUCAGAGCCACGUUUUUGGUUAAUUGCUGUUAUUUUCGGGCU